AUGGCGUCUGGAGAGAUAAAGCCCUUGAUUGUUUCUCAACCACAAAGUGUUUCUCCAAAAGAAGGAAGCAAUGUCACUUUGCAUUGUAACGCUACUGGAAGCCCCACACUUUUUAUGUCCUGGUCGUUUGAUGGAUCUGCCUUACAAGAAAAUGAGAGUUCAAGGAUCAGUUUAUCCAGUGACUCUCAAGAGUUGACAAUAACGAAUGUGGAAAGAGGAGACAGUGGAGAGUACAGAUGUGCUGUGAAAAACAGGGUUGGAAAUGACACUUCUGAACCCUCUGUAGUAAACGUGUUAUAUCAACCUGAAAUUAUUACGCAUCCUAACGAUGUUACUGUGGAAGAAGGACUUCCCAUGAAAUUAGUUUGUAACGCUACUGGAAAUCCCCCGCCAACACUGUCAUGGACCAAAGAUGGAUCUUCAGUUGCUGACAACUUAAGGAUAACUUUCUCUGGAGACAACAAGACACUGUCUAUAGCGAAUGGGAACAGAUUAGACAGCGGGGAUUACCGAUGUGUUGCCAGUAACAGCCUUGGACAUAUUGCCUCAAAUGCUGCAAAAGUCGACGUACUGUUUGCGCCAGAGUUGACAACUGAUGGAGAUCAAAUACAGUACGUAGCCAACGGCACUGAUUUACAGCUGACAUGCCGGUUCAAUGCUUUACCGCCCGUGUCUGAGGUGCAAUGGUUAAAAGAUGGGAUUGUGAUUGUAUCAACCCUCACUGCGUCCUCGAAUGAGUCACGUGUUUAUAUUUCACAUCAUAAUGAAAGCCAAGCUCAGCUGUCGAUCAAGGCAGUUUCCUUGGAAGAUUCUGGAAAUUACACCUGCAAUGUUACAAAUAAUGUUGGUAGCUCCUCGAAUUGGACAUCGAUUACUGUUCAAGUUACGUCUACUAUCGAGACGAACCCACAAGCUGUUCUGGUCAACGAAGGAGGAAACUUGAACCUGUUUUGCAACGCUUCUGGAAGCUCUUUGACGAUAUCAUGGACAAGAAAUGGAUCUGGUAUAAAUCCCAGUGAGGACACGAGGAUCCGUUUGUCGGCAGACAACGAGCAGCUGACGGUAACAAAUGUGAGCAGAAUGGACAAAGGAGCUUACCGGUGUGUGGUGAGCAACAAUGUUGGAAAUGCUACCUCUGAUGCCGCUAUGGUGACUGUUCAGUUUAGGCCUGAAAUAUCUCAAGCUCCAAUUGACACCACGAAAGUGGAAGGACAAACUGCUGUGUUUAGUUGUUUGGUAGCAGGUUACCCUACACCUGUUGUUGCUUGGACAAAGAAUAACGUCCAAUUGAAUAUAGCAGCAAAUUCCCGAUUUACUGUCUCUUCCAAGGAUGUAAAUCACAGUCUGACAGUAACAAAUGUGCAACAGUUGGAUACUGGAAAGUAUAGAUGUGUCGGCAAUAACGUAUUGGGUAACUCCACUUCAUCUCCAGCGACUCUUACAGUGCAAUUUCUACCAGAGGUGACAAUUGAUGGAGAUAAAAUACAGUACGAAGCCAACGGUACUGACUUACAGCUGACAUGCCGGUUCAACGCUUUGCCUCCCGUGUCUGAGGUGCAGUGGUUAAAAGAUGGGAUUGUGAUUGUAUCAACCCUCACUGUGCCCUCGAAUGAGUCACGUGUGAAUAUUUCACAUCAUAAUGAAAGCCAAGUGCAGCUGUCGAUCAAGGCAGUUUCCUUGGAAGAUUCUGGAAAUUACACCUGCAAUGUUACAAAUAAUGUUGGUAGCUCCUCGAAUUUAACAUCGAUUAUUGUUCAAGCGACUCCUGCUAUGGAGACGGACCCAAUAGCUAUUCCAGUCAAGGAAGGAGAGAACUUGACCUUAUUUUGCAAUGCCUCCGGAAGCUCUCUGACAAUAUCAUGGACAAAAAAUGGAUCUGGUAUAAGUCCCAAUGAGGAUUCACGGAUCUAUUUGUCGGUAGACAACGAGCUGCUGACAAUAUCGAAUGUGAGCAGGAAAGACAACGGAGCAUACCAGUGUAUGGCAAGUAACGAUGUUGGAGAUGCUACCUCCAAUCAAGCCAUAGUCACUGUUCAGUUUGCCUCUGAAAUAUCCCAAUCCCCAACUGAUAACACGAAAGUGGAAGGGGAAACUGCUGUGUUCAGAUGCGUAGUAGCAGGAUACCCUACACCUGAUGUUGCUUGGACAAAGAAUGGAGUGGAUUUGAAUGUGGCUGCAAAUGUGCGACUUAGCGUCUUUGCCAAUAAUGGAUACCACCAAUUGACUAUAUCAGAUGUCCAACAAUCGGAUGCAGGAAUAUACAGAUGUGAGGCCAAUAACAGUUUGGAUAACGCGAGCUCAUCUGCAGCGACCCUUACAAUACAUUUCGAUCCAGAAGUUACAAUUGAUGGUGAUAAAGAGCUGAUUGUGGCUAAGGGCGACAUUAUCAAGAUAGCGUGUCGGUACAACGCUCUACCGCCAGUGUCUGAGGCACAGUGGAUAAAAGAUGGAAUGGUGAUUUCAUUAAAUUCUUCAAAAGUGCUCAAUAACUCCCGACUGGAUAUCCUGUACUUCAAUGUAAGCUAUAUACAGUUGUCAAUCAAUGCAGUUAUCGUGGCGGAUAGUGGGAAUUAUAGUUGCAGUGUCACGAAUAAGGUUAAUACUGCAUCGGACUCGACAUCUAUCAUCAUUGAAGAGAAGCCUUCAAUUGUUACUCAUCCACAAAGUGUUGCUCCUAAAGAAGGAGAUACUGUUGCUCUGCGUUGCAACGCUACUGGAAGCCCUUUGCUGCAUAUAUUUUGGACGUUGGAUGGAUCUGUCAUGGUGGAAAAUGAGAGUUCCAGGAUCAUUUUAUCAAAUGAUUCUCAAGAAUUGACAAUAACGAAUGUGAGAAGAGUAGACAGUGGAGAAUACCGAUGCGUUGUGAAAAACAGGGUUGGAAAUGACACCUCUAACCCCUCUGUAGUAAACGUGCUAUAUCAACCUGAAAUUAUCACGCAUCCCAAGAAUGUUACAAUAGAAGAAGGAAGUCACAUGACCUUAUCCUGUAACACAACUGGUAAUCCAUCACCAAUACUAUCAUGGACCAAAGAUGGUGUUUCUAUAGGCGACAACAAAGGGGUAAUUUUCUCAGGAGACAACGAGACACUUUCUAUAACAAAUGUGAACAGAACAGACAGCGGAAAUUAUCGAUGUGUUGCCAGCAAUAGCCUUGGAGAUGAGACUUCAAAUGCUGCUAAAGUAGACAUUCUAUUUGCACCUGAAAUCGUUCUAAAUCCAGAGGAUAUCACCAUAAUUGAAGGAGAAGAAGCUGUGUUUAGUUGCGUGGUAGAUGGAAAUCUUUCACCGAGUGUUUCUUGGACGAAGAAUGGGGAAAAACUGAAUAUGACAAAUCUACGAUUAACAGCGUCAUCACAGAACUACAAUCACAGUUUAACAAUCACAAAUGUUUACCGAUCGGAUUCGGGACAAUACACAUGUGUAGCUGUGAAUAGUGUUGGCAACUUGACAACAUCUUCAGGGAAUCUCAAAGUACAAUGUAAGUAG